GAGGAGGUUCCCCCUGAGCAGCAGCACUGUGAGCAGGAGUGGAGCCCCAGUCUGGGGCAGGAGGACCCAGAGCCCACACAGAUUAAAGAGGAACAGGAGGAACUCAGGACCAGUCAGGAGGAAGAGCAGCUUCAAGGGCUGGAGCCUGAUAUCAUCGAGUUCAUAUUCACUCCUUCCUGUGUGAAAAGUGAAUGUGAUCAGGAGGACCCACUUUGGUCCUUGACUCUUCCCCAAACCCAGACUGUGGAGAACAGAGAGAGUGACUCUGAACCAGUGGAUCUGAAACCUUUUGGCACUGUGACCCACCUAAAUGGUUUCUACAUUCCCUGUGACCCUCCAGAUAAUCAAAACAAUGCCUCCAGCAACAGCUCAGCCGUAAGCAACGACCCAGUAGAAUUUGACAGCAGCACACCAUUGGAUCCCAGCCCACUAUUGGAGAAACACCGUUCCAAACCCAGCACCACAUCUAGAAAAACUCACCACUGCUGUGACUGUGGUGAAACGUUUGCUCUGAAAACUGACCUGCAGAGGCAUGUGACUCUCCCCAAGAAGAGACUCAGCGAAUGCUUCUUCUGCAAAAAACGCUACAACUCCACCUGUAAAUUGAAGGCCCAUGUCCAGCUCUGUCACGGUGGGAAACCCUUUACCUGCCCUGUUUGUGGAAAGACCUUCAAACUCAAAGGAGUUCUGUCCAAGCACAUGAGGAUUCACACAGGAGAGAAACCCUUUAGCUGUGGUGACUGUGGGAAAUGUUUCAGUCUCAAGAAUAACCUAACCAUGCAUAAACUGACUCACACAAGAGAGAAACCAUUUAGCUGUGGUGACUGUGGGAAGAGCUUCAAUCGCAAGGAACAUCUAACCAGGCAUAAAUUGACUCACACAGGAGAGAAACCUUUUAGCUGUGGUGACUGUGGGAAAAGCUUCAGCCUCAAGAAUAACCUAACCAUGCAUAAACUGACUCACACAGGAGAGAAACCAUUUAGCUGUGGUGACUGCGGGAAAGGCUUCAGUCUCAAGAAGAACCUAACCGAUCAUGUACGGACUCACACAGGAGAGAAACCAUUUAGCUGUGGUGACUGUGGGAAAAGCUUCACUCAGAAAACUAACCUGCUGACCCAUGUGAAAAACGUCCACAAAGGAAGAAAACUGGAUGAAAACUGAAAGAACAUUAGAACAAAGAGAUGUUCUGUCAGAAGUUGGGAAUAACAAGGCAGGAUGUGAACAAAGCAACUCUGGAUCAUUCAUACUGUGGGUGUCAGAUAAUUGGAUGUGAGAAAGUUGUGUUUAUGUAAACAUUUCUAUGAAAUGAAGUUUGAUUUGAACGAUGAGGUAAUGAUCAAACACUACAUAGUAUUGUAGGAAAUUCACAGCUCUGCUGUUCAAAGUGUUGAUAUUUUCACGUCAUUUAAACAGGAAACAUUUUCCAGAAAAUAUCUCCUUCCAUCUGUCCAAGAGUAUUUCUCAUCCAUGUUGACCUAAUGCUUCUCAGUCAUAAUAUUGAUUCAAUCUUUUGGGAAGUAAUGAUAUACAGGCCACUCCUGAUAAGUACACUUCUAUAAGUACAAACUAUGUUUUAUGUGCACUGCAGUGUUUCCCAAUUCAGUAACAUUCUUUAUAAUAUCUCUUGAUAACUGCAUUCUCUGGUUUAGUGCAUGCUGUCACAUCAGUCCCAAAGCUGUUGCAGUUGUCAGGAGUCGCCUGUGUGACAAUGUGUUCUUAACUGACCUGCCUGGUAAAAUAAAGGUAAAAUAUCAAAUAAAAUGUGGUCUUUCAAUUCAGUUCAUGUAAGAAAUUAUAAUCCUAGACCACUAUAUUACUUAUUG